GCUUGAGCUGGGCCACGAGUUUGUAAACCUGCUGAUAAUAAUAAUAAUAGUGUUUUUGGUGUAUAAUAUUAAAAACUUAAUUUUUUCCUCUGAUACUGCUAUAUACAAAAUGUUCAUGAAAGCAUUAAAUGUACAACGCUUCCAUGACGUAUUAGGCUUUGAAAAUGCACAAUUGAACAAGAAAAAAAAAAAACAGAAACAUGUCCGUCAGUAUAAAGUCCAGCCCCGGUCUCAUAAGAAUCUUUAAAAAAAAAAAAAAACGGACGAUAUUAAUAUUAAUGAGCCCCGCCCACACGUCGACAAUUUAUUCAUGAGCCCCGCCCCUCAGCGCAUCCCCUUCGUCCCCGUGAGAGGUGACGUCACGCGAGCUCGCCCGUGUUCGUUCCAGCUGACCGUAGCCGCGAUCCCGAGCGCUCGUCUCACUGCGUCGGAGCGGGCGAUGGUUGCAAAUAAAUAACGAUAAGAGGGAAGAAAGCGUGAUUAAAAAAAAAAACAUCAACAACAACUAAAAAGAAAACGGUGCAGCAGAUCGUUCUUGCAACCGAGUGUGUGAAAUGACAAUCCGACUUAAUGGAGAUGAAACGAUUUGACGCGUUUUAAAGCCCCGUCGCACCGCCGGCUCUAAUGGACGCCUGUCGUUUGCGGCUCAUCCGCUUUUUUUCGGGGAAUAUUUUCAUCCGGGCCCGAAGGAGCCCCAGCUCAGAUUGGUGCCAAAUGCCAGCGAAUCCGCGGACUGAGCUGAGUCCGGAGUGGAAGCUUCAAUCCGGUGCCUCCAACUUUUGCUGAGAUCAGAAACCGAGAAGCGUCCUGAGCGCCAGGUUUAAACGUGAGACGCGAUCAGAAGAUGGAUCACAGCGCAUCUGAAUAGAGAGAUCCCCCUAUUGCAUGCCCAGGAUCAACCAUAAUAAUCAUAAUAAUCAUAAUAAUAAUAAUGGAUGGAGUCUAAAGCAUUCUGGAUGCUGUUUGAGGUGUAAACCCUCUCCUAUCCUCUUAUAAAUGGUCAGCUGAUGUGAUCCUCAUCCUUCCUAUCUGUCACUCAUUAUAUCUUAUUAUUAUUAUUAUUAUUAUUUUCAAAUUUGUGAUUCUGAAAGUGAUCCCAAGUCUACUCAGGCUAUGUCCAGGCCUCUUUCACAGCUUUUACCUCCUCCAGAUCUUCCCUCUGGAGGUAGUGCACAGUUUGGCCCUGCUCCUUCAGCACCCAAUGGGCACCUGGGCUCAGUGGCAAGCCUGAAGUCUCUUCUCCAGCUUCCUAUUAAAGGAGACAGUAGAGGGAAAGACUGCUGUGAGAUGAUUGAUCAAGACAAAUCGCUGGACUCUGACGAGGAUUCGCUGGGAGGAAUCGGCACCGGCGCCAAUGGCACCAUGCGUAGCUCAUCACAGACAGCUUUCCUGGGGCCAUUGCUGUGGGAACGCACUCUGCCGUGCGACGGAGGCUUGUUCCAGCGGCAGUUCAUGGACUUGGAGGAGUUCCUGACGGAGAACGGGAUGGGGUGCAUGCCACUGGGCAACACCUCUGGCAGUCAGGCCCUCAUUCCCUCGCAGAGUAUGCAAUCAGCCAUUCCAAGCCAGAGCUCCUCGCCGUCUCCCGGCUCCUCCUCAGCCUCGUCCAUCUCUUCCCUCUCAUCUUCAUUGUCCUCGUCCUCCAUUCUGGGACUAGACGUGCCACAGGUCCCUACCCCAGGAAUGAUGGGAAGUCCAGAGUGUCUGCACGGUGGACAGGUUGUGCAGCAGGACCCAUCUCCCAGCUCGUCCUGUGCACCUCCACCAGUUCCCAGCACGGGUGCCCCUGCGGCUGAUGUCAUCGUCAACUUUGACCCCGAUCCUGCUGACCUGGCCUUGUCCAGUGUCCCGGGGCAGGAAGCGUUCGACCCACGGCGACAUCGAUUUUCUGAGGAGGAACUCAAGCCUCAGCCUAUGAUCAAGAAGGCUCGCAAAAUGUUGGUGCCUGACGAGCAGAAGGAUGACAAGUACUGGAGUCGGCGUGUAAAGAACAACGAGGCGGCGAAGCGCUCACGUGACGCACGGCGCCUUAAGGAGAACCAGAUAUCCGUCCGGGCCGCUUUCCUCGAGCGAGAGAAUGCAGCGCUCCGACAGGAAGUGGCUGAUAUGCGCAAAGAGCUCGGCCGAUGUCGCAACAUCAUCAAUAAAUACGAGAAUCGCCAUGGAGACUUAUGAAGAGAAGAAACGUGUUUUUUUUUUUUUUUCUUGAACAAAGAAGAAGUUUGGUUUUCUUGGAAAAAAGCAGUUUGAAGGCAGGGCUGUCAAACCACACUCAGAAAUUCUGCAGAUUUCUUUUUCUAAACAUGCACUACAACAAUCGUUUCCUGCAACAUGGCAUUGUGCAUGACUGCAGCAAAGAGUUGCUCAGUAAUCCAAGUCAAAGGGAAUGCUCACAAAGUCUAUAAGAAACACUUUCAUAUGUUUCUUUUGGUUGUAACACUAAACCCUACACUCUUUUUUGCCAUUUUCAUGCUUGUGUACAUUUUUAAGGGUCGGUCAUCGACUCAGUAUUCGGUGUUGCUCCGACUUUAUGAGCGUUUCUUAAUUCUUGUUAUUUUUCUUAAAAAAAGAUUAUGCAGAUGACACUGGUAAUAUUUUGUAUGACAAAAAAAUAGACCUUGUAUAUUUUUGACACGGCUACAGACAAAAUCAACGAAUAGAGGAAUAGAAGCGGAGCAGAAGAUCAGCACAAAAAGUUUCAGGCAGGAAAAUUGUAUAUUUUUAUACUUACAGGUGCAGACAGGCAAAGAGAUUUUGGAAUUCAAUUUUUACCUCUAUAUUUUAUAUAUAUGGGGGUGGGUCAGGGAAUUUGUGAAGAAAGAGGUCUAUAUGAAGAUGCUUUUUUUGAAAUCAGGUCGCUUAGCGUUGGCUGAUCCGAGAAACCCAAAUGAAAGAAUGACAUGGUUCAAGAAUGGACAGAGAACAAUCAUAGCAAUGAUGGCUGGCUGUACUGCCAUGAACAGCCUGCAUAAAAGUAAACGACAAAAAUAAGUGUUUUUGAAAUUCUAUUAUGGAUUUUAUUACAGUACCUUGUUUUUUAUGUCGGAUUCUUUUUUUCCGGAUUUUUUUGUUGUUUUUUGAGUUUGAAAGCAAACAGCAGGAGGUCUGGACAUUACACCCUGUCACUACAUUAGAGGAAUGGAUGUACAAACAAUUUUCCAUGUAUAUAUUUAAUCCUAUUGUAUUCCACAUACAACACACAUACUUAUACACAAACUGGACCUUUAACUGCAUGUGUGCAAUCCAGAUGUCUUUUUAGUCAAGACACAUAAUCAAAGGUCUUUCAGCUCAGUGGUAUUUCACACAAUCCCUUUCUCGCAAUCCCUGAUUUUCGGAUUUUUCUAAAACGGUGUUUUUUUUCAUUUUUGUCCAAAUUGAUUUGGCAGUGAGUGGAUUGCAUGGUAGCUCAUAUUUUCUUUUUUUUUUUGUAUACUGUAUGAUCAGCACGGACAAACAAAAUACCCACAUGUUGUUCCUUUUGGUACAGAUUCUUUGCACUAACUGUCUCUGUUGAAAUUGUAAGAGAAAUCUUAAUCUAUUAGAAGUGUUAUGUGAAGUCCCAAACUAUAUUCUAACAAAAUGAAUGCACCCUGAUACUACUGUAAAGAAAUAUACUAUUAUAUAAAAGUUAUAAUGACCUAUAUGAGAUUAAAGUAUUCUAUCACUAGGUAUGUCUGUAAAUAUCGAUAUCAAUAUAUGUGAAUAUGUGAUUGUAGAGGUAAUUUGCAUAAAUGUAGUAUAUACAGAAACUUAUUGCUUCACCAAAAGUAACCUACACUCAGAAAACCACAAUCGAAAUCAAUUAGCAAACUAACUUUACGGGAUGAUAAUCAGAGAAAGUUUUUUUUGGGACAGAUGCCAAAAAGAUACAGGACCCUUCAAAACUAUUGGCACCUUUUACAAAAAUUUGCAGACAAUAAUAUCUAAAAAAAAUAUAACAUGCAAUGCGUGACAUUUCAAGUCCACAUUGACAUUGUAAAGUUUUCUUAGAUUUUUUUAAAUUUAAAAAUUUAAAUUCUCUGAUGUCUGCCAUACAUCAGAUCAAGUGGUCAAUAAUUGGAACUGCAACAAAGUGCUAUAAAAGUCCAUUGGGGUAGGAAUCAUGCUGCCCCAAUGCAAAGUUGCCAGACUGGGCUAGUUAAAAUAUCUCAGUGGCUGAGCAGUUCUUGUGUUAUAUUUAUAUUAUUUUGUUAUAAAAACAAACAAAAAUUAAACAAAAAAAAGAGAAUCCUUCUUUUUCAAUGUUUGAAUUUUCUGGGCAAGUUUCAGGUCUUUUGUGAAUUUAUUUUUUUUUUUUUUUUUUUUUUUUUUAAAAGAUGUACUUGGGCAGGAAAGUUUGCCGAAACCUGGCAACACGUGUCAGCACAAAGUGUCCACAUGUAGAGAACUCUUUGUCCACACCUCCAUGCAGAACAUUUAAGCUUUUUUUUGGGUAUAUUCUUAGGUUUGUAUAUGUGAACUUCCCUCUUCGGUUUCAAGAUGUUUCGAAUCCAGAGAACAAGUAUUUGUCUCCUAUAUUGUAUCCCCCCAACCCCAAUGGUAAUGGAUGAAAAAGGGAUUUUACCUGUGUGCAGCCUCAUUUCUAUAUCCCAGGGAAACAGGACACGGUUACAGGCAAAAACAGAGUUCCUGUGCAAAUGCAAAAUAAUAUACUUUUUGAGAAUGUCAGUGUGUUUUGCAUUUAUUAUAAUAUAUAUAUAUAU